AUGCAUCAACAAGUUCUCCGCAGCAGCAUCGUCGCACGUUCAAAUCCGACCCUCACGGCAACAGCCAUAGACCCCAACCACACACUCCCAAUAGACCUCAGUCCAGAAGUCGACGGCCAGGCACAGCACACUCUUUGGAAUCCCCACCUACAGUCCUCGGGCAGUGCUAGGUCCACCAGAACCAGGAACUUCAUUCACAGGUUCAUGGACAUAAGGGGGAAGCCCACUCACAAGGCAAUACAGUCCCGCCCUCUGCGAUACCCAAUUGCCCAGCCCGUCACAAACCACCCUCUUGAGCCAGCCGCCCCAAAUCCGCCACCUGACUUGGAACUUGAGCUUUCUUCGGCGCCCCAGUACACACCCUGGGGACGACUAGAUUGGAACCAACUCUCUGAUAAACAAAGGGUCCACACGGUCGAAAAGGCAGCAGCAGCCAGAAUCUACCUGGAGACUUACUUCGAGGAUGCUUUGAGUAGUCGUCCCACACCACGUGAACAGCGUAUCGCCGAGCACCAACGAAAUCUGGAUCAGGUGGUGCCCCUGAUAUCCAGUUUCCAGGAUCCAGUGAAUCUUUACCUCCUAAUGGACUACAUGCCGGGGGGAGACUUUCUUGGUCUUCUGAUUCGCGAAAACAUCUUGACCGAGUCCAGAACUCGAUUCUACAUCGCCGAGAUGAUACUUUGCGUCGAAGAGGCCCAUAGACUUGGAUGCAUCCACCGAGAUGUCAAACCAGACAACUUCCUCAUCGGUGCCGACGGUCACCUGAAAAUCUCGGAUUUCGGGCUGGCUUUUGACGACCAUUGGUCCCAUGACACCUCCUACUACAAGUGGCAGCGAAAGUCAAUUCUGGCCCUGACAGGUGUUACGCUAGACGGUGAUGGCGAGGAUCAAAAAGCCGCCCGCGAUGGUGGACGGGCGAGGCGACGAUCAUCUCGGGAAGGGUCAUCCAAGCACUAUCCCCCGUCAGAAUUGCUCCGAACCAAGUUUGAUGGGCUUGAAUGUCCGUUCAAUGUCGUCGAAACAAACGCAGACGAGAUUGUAAAAGUCGACCAGCUGCUUGGUUGGCGAACAGCAGAGACACGCCGAUCCUCGGCCCGCUCCAUUGUUGGCACAAGCCAGUAUAUGGCUCCAGAGGUGUGCCUAUAUGGGCACACGCCGUUUCUCUCGGAAAAGGGUCGUCACUAUACCAAGCAGAACAUCCUCGACAAAGACAGCCGUCUCUCAUCACCCGAGUAUCGCAACCAAGAUGCUCGACGAAGUUGGGAGAAGCUUCAGGGCUACAAGAAAAUACCGAGUCAAUACGUUUUCAAUAACGACGCAUCCGAGAUCAAGGCCCACCCGUGGUUUCGGGGCGUUCCUUGGGAAGCAAUACGCUCCAGUCGGCCAGAGUGGAUACCACAUAUUCAAAGCUACGCCGACUCUCACUACUUUGAAGAAGAUGAGCCGAUCAGCGACUGGUCUGACUCAAUGGAUUCCGAGAUAGCGGAGGGGUCGGAGAACCUGGACGAUCUCCGUCUAAGGUUUCUACAGUACGACUUUGAAGACGAUGUGAGGUGUCUGGCCACUGACUUCAUCUCCAAACCCUACGAUUCAUCCAAGUUGAAACGAUUCGAUCGCGAUAUUGACGAUCAUGCCUUUCUGGAAGAUGUUGAAAAGGCCUUUCUCAAAUGUCCACCCUACAAAUUCUUGAUCAAGGGGAGGAAUGCGUUGUCAGUCGAGGCGACGUUGGGCAGAGGGGCAAGAUUGAAGCAGCUACUGAUGUAA